AAUAUUUUGGAUAUGAAUGACGAAGAGGAAGAGGAUGAGAUGCUAGCUGAGGAUGGUGCUCAGAAUGUGCUACAGCCACCAAAGUUAAAGAGUAAAGAUAUUGACAUUGCAACUUUUGAACUUCCUGAAUGGUCACCACUACUCCAACUUGAAAUUAAAGAAGGGAGGCUAUACCUAGAUGAAAAUCAAAGGCUAGUAAAAGAGGAAGUCUCUUGGUACUUAGUAAAGAAAUACGGGACAAUACCACCUCAAGGGCUGUACACCAAGUACAGCAAGUUUUUGUUAGACGUACCAACAUUCAAAAUCUUAAGAGAAGUGGGCACUGAGCAGUAUUGGACUGGACUUGCAAGUAAAAUUUCAAUUUACCUCAGAAGACAAAGAGAGUUGUUGAAAAAAAGGAGGGAAGAACAAGCCAGCCAGGGCAUGGUUCCAGUAAAUGCUGCUAAUAUGAAAGUUCAUCAAGAUCUUGAAUCUUUGAGAAGUACUGAUGUGAGCCCAAACAGGGCAAAAGAAUUGCUGAGGAGUACUUUCUUAUUGAGGAAAGCGAUGGGCUACAUCGACUAUAAGGAUGUCCUUGACAAGGAAAGUUACCUUCGGAACCCACACUUUCUUUUUCUAGAAAUACAAAAUUGGCUGGAUGCUCUCAUUCCAAACGUCCAAAGAGAGCAGAAGUUCAACGAUAUGAUAUCAAAGCUACGAGAAAUUUUUCCUGAAGAGACUGUCAACCUCGAGAGUGAACUAGAAAAAAUUAGACUCAUCUCAGAAACAUACAAAGCCACUCUUAACAAAACACAUGAACGGAGGGAAGCGCCAUUUGAUACACUUGAAGUAGUUCCAAAUAAAAGCUACUCUUUUCAAAAGGCAAAUGCCCUCCCAUUUACUGUAACAGUCCUGUACACAAGAGAAAAGGGAAUUAAGUAUGCAAUGCUUCUAGGGACAAAGGAUGUGAUAGGCAAGAUGAAAUGCAAAUCUGCACGAGAAGUUGUAGAAAUUUGGCUUGGGGCCUUCAUGGCCUUGCGCCAGCCAGUGCCUGCAUCUCAUUUGCAUCUAAGCCUUUUCCUAAAAUGGGCGCUUCUUGAUAUACAAAUACCAAGUGGUGUAAGAACUCCCAAGCAUAAAUUACAAAUGUUUCUAAGGCAAAAAUAUCAAAUUGUAAAUUCUAUGGCUUAGGACCCGUACAUUACAGUUUUAUAGAUAUAUAUAUAUAUAUAUGCUUACACUCCUUAUUUUAC